GCCGCUCGGUCGGGCCGGGCCCAGCGAUCCGGCGGCGCGUGUCCGCCGGCGGCCGCCGUAGCCAGGCGCUGCUAUGGCGGCAGGGCCGCCCGUGCUGCUGGGGCUGCGCGACGCCGCCAUGGUGGGGCCGUGCCGAGGAGGCGGGCUGCCCCCCGCCUGGGCCACCAGCAAGCUGGGGGGCUCCGCGGACUGGGUGCCGCGCGUGCGGGCGGGCCGGCCCCGCUGCGGGCUGUGCGGCGGGGAGCUGGCGCUCCUGGUGCAGGUGUACUGCCCGCUGGCCGGCUCCCCCUGCCACCGCGCCGCCAGCGUCUUCGCCUGUGCCGGGACGGGCUGCCGGGGAGCGCCGGGCGGCUGGACGGUGCUGCGCGCCCAGAGCCUGGUGGCUUACCUUGACAAUGCUCUUUUUGCUUUUCCUUCCCAGAAACAAGAAUCUAACUUUGCUGCAAAGGAUUGGUGUGAUGAAGCAGAUGACUGGGGAGUCUGUGAUGGAGCAGAAUCUCCUGCAUGUGCUUCCCUUCAGCUGCUUGGUUUAAAUGAAGCGGUGAGCAGCUCCGUGUCCAGAGAGGCGGACUGUGCAUCCCAGUUCCAACAGCUUCGCUUGUCUGAGGCUGUGGACGGGUCAGGUUCCCUGAAUGCACACUCUCCAGUCAGUGAGGGAACGGUAACGGCAACAUCUAGUUCAGCUCCUGUGUUCAAGCCCUUUUACAUUAGUGUUGUGGAUGAGGAAGACUACUCUGGUUUCAUUGAUACAGAUCAUGCAGAUGAGCUAUGGAAGGAGUAUCAGCAGAGAGAGGGUGUUAAUUUGCAACAGUUGAUGUCAGAAAGUUAUGCAGGUGAAGGUGAUACUGAAAAAUACGAGAAGAGCGAAGUCAAAAGCAGGGACCCCACGUUCCAUAAAUUUAUGAAAAGAAUAUCUGUGUGUCCUGAACAGAUUCUGAGGUACUCCAGGGGUGGCCAGCCUUUAUUCAUAACGUGUCCUCCAGCCAACAUUAGUGAAGGUAUUCCAGCCUGCAGUAACUGUGGAAGCAAAAGAGUAUUUGAAUUUCAGCUCAUGCCAGCGCUGGUCAGCAUGCUCCAGAGCGAUUCAGAUCUGUCAGUGGAAUUUGGAACUGCUAUAGUUUAUACAUGUGAGAGAAGCUGUUGGCCAACAAAUCAUCAAACCCCUCUUGAAGAAUUUGUUUUUGUGCAAGAAGACCCAGAUCAGAGAUUAUUUAAAUAAAUUAUAUUUCUUGGCAUAGA